AUGCACCUUCUGAGAUACAUUUUUCUCGUUGUAUUACCAUUGGCGAGCGCCAAAUGCAAAUGCACGCCACUGGACGACUGUUGGCCCUCCGAGCCGACUUGGAGCGAGUUCAAUUCCACAAUUGCGGGAAAGCUAAUUCGCAACGAACCCAUUGCCAAAUCAUGCUACCAAGGCAUGGGCCACGACGGUGAAAAAUGUCAAGACAUCGCGCUCAACUGGUCUGACAACGCUUGGCUGGCAGAAUUUCCAACAGGCUACAGCUAUCCGCUCAUCGAAGCUUGCGCUCCGAUUAACGCGUCUCUCGGCUUUCAACACUAUCCUCAAUGCGACCUCGGCAACUUUCCAGCGUAUACUGUCAACGCAACCAGCGCGCAGCAUGUCGCGGCUGCAAUCGAGUUUGCGAAAGAUUACAAUAUCAGACUGGUGAUCAAGAACACAGGCCACGAUAUUGCUUAUCGAUCGCAAGGUUACGGCAGCUUAUCCAUCUGGGUCAAAUACAUCAAUGAAGGUUUGCACUAUCAAGAAAGCUACAAGCCUUCAGAUAAGUCUUGCCACGCCAACUACACCGGCCGAGCCAUCCGUAUUGGAGGUGGAUACGUUUGGGACGACCUUUACAAGUUUGCUCACGAUCACGGAAGCAUUGUUGUGGGAGGAGGAGAUUCGACUGUUGGUACGAUCGGGGGCUACCUUCAAGGUGGAGGCCACGGUCCAUUGAGCCACGAAUUUGGACUUGGAGCGGACAAUGUUCUUGAGUGGCAGGCUGUUCUAGCAUCCGGGGAAACCGUCACUGCAAAUGCUUGUCAGAACCAAGAUCUAUUUGCGGCCCUCCGUGGUGGCGGCGGCGGCACAUACGGAAUCGUCACCUCGGCGACAAUCAAGGCCUACAAAGAUCACCCAGUGCUAGGCCAUGAUCUUGUGAUCGCUGCAAUCGACGACUCCUCAGCGUUGGUGAAUGCCACCGGGGAUAUUCUUUCUGGGUAUCCUGAGGUAGUAGAGGAAGGAUUCUCUGGUAGUGCCAUCCUCAGCCGCAUAGCUGGCCCUCUGGCUUACACUCAUAGCUUUGCAAAGCUGCUCAAAAGCAACUCCACCAGCGUAGUGGAAAGGGCCAAGGGGGUCAUGAACCAAAGAAUUGUUGAAAAACUGAUCGGGCUCAAUGGAACCUCACUUUCUGUCAAGUCUACGUUUACACAGCACCCUUCCUUUCUUUCAUGGUAUACGGCCACACACGACGGAACUCCGGGCCAGAACAGACCCAUCAUGGCGUCGCGAUUCCUCGACAAAGCGUCGCUACAGUCUUCACCCAAGAAGUUGAGCAGUCUUGUUGAGACGCUCAUCGCCGGUCAGGGCGCCGAAACAGCGACAUACUCGGCGACGCUGUUUAACCUCGUCGCGGGCGGCAAGGUGCUCGAGCCGCAGCCACUCACCGCCGUCAACCCCGCAUGGCGCAAGACGUACGUGCUCGCGCAGCAGAUUGACUUUUGGCCCGACAAUUCCGGAUACCAGGAGAUUGCGCAGGUCAAGAGGGACCUCACGGACAAGAAACUCAAGGCGCUCAAGGAGCUCACCCCCGGCAUGGGCACCUACGGCAACGAGGCUGAUCCGUGGGAUCCGGACUGGCGCAAUGACUGGUUCGGCGAGGAUAAUUACAGGUUCCUUCUGUCUGUCAAGCAAAAGUACGACCCGGAUAAUGUUUUCUGGUGCUGGCGGUGCGUGGGUAACGAUGCGUGGGCGGAAGUCACUGGCGGCGCAUUGUACGGUCCGUUGUGCGAGGCAGGAUUGUGA